GUAUCUUAUCCGCUGCCGAUGCAUGGGUGGACCUGAAGUAUGGAUUACUUAUCUCUGGCAAUUGGACAUUGGCUAGUUAUACAAUAAUGAAAGUUGCUGGACUUUUGAGCAGUUCGAGCCUGGCGUUCGAAAUAACCACAACAGUAGGCAGAAUCGUAUUCAAACAUGGUUGCAUUGAGCACAAACAGCCGCCGGGAGGACCAGCCAGUAACUAACAUCCUCGAUGACAAGCGGAUCUUUCCAGAGUUCCGCGGCGGACCUUUGGACGAGUACCGUCAGCGAGCGAGUUUCUGCUACAAGCGCAUGAGUGUUCUGCUCGAGGGCGAGGAGCACAUCCGGCUGAAGCACAAAGUUUGGCAGUGGAUGGAGCAGCACCCCGACUUCCAGAGGGAGCCAGAGGACUCAACCCUGGAACGCGUCCGCGAGCUGGCCAACAAGCGCCAGCAUCUUCUCUGGGAGCAACAGUUUUACGGCGUCAACGAGUACUUGGGAUCGCCGCACCUACUUUUGGCUUUCGGUCAGGCCAUCUUUAGCUAUGACUUCAGCACCUCGGUUAAGUUUGGCCUGUCAACGGGCAUGUUCCCAAGCACCCUGGUCUCGAACGGAUCUGGCCGCCUUGGCAAGUAUGUGGCCAAAAUUGCCGACAACCGCAUUCUAGGAGCCUACGCCCUUACUGAGAUAUCUCACGGCACCAAUGCACUUGGCAUGCGCACCCGGGCCACCUACGACAUAAAAAGAAAGGAGUUCAUUAUCCACACGCCGGACUUUGAAGCGGCCAAGUGUUGGGUCGGCAACCUGGGUAAGACCUGCACCCACGCCAUUGUUUACGCACAGUUGUUCGUUCCUGACAACAAGCAUCAGGGCUUGCAGGCCUUCCUUAUUCCCAUAAGGGACGAGCGUACUUUGCUACCCUUUCCCGGCGUUACAGUCGGUGACAUGGGCGAGAAGAUCGGUCUAAACGGCAUCGACAACGGCUUUGUAAUGUUUAACCAGUAUCGUAUCCCAAAAGCUAAUCUGCUUUCCAAAACCGGCGACAUCGAUGAGCAGGGCAACUACACCAGUCAAAUUAAGGACGAGCGUAAGCGACUUGGAGCCUCUCUAGGUGCCCUCUCCGCGGGCAGGGUCAACAUCACUGCUAUUACGUACGUUGCUUUGAGCAAGGCGGUAACAAUCGCCACCCGCUAUGGGGCCAGCAGGCGGCAGUUUGGCCCUUCUAAUAGCCCUGCGGAGUGGCCCGUAAUUGAGUACCAAUCUCAGCAAUACCGGCUUAUUCCCCACUUGGCCACCGCGAUCGCACUGCGUGUUGUUACGCUCUGGGUAGGCAAGGAAAACGUAGAUUUGACCAUGAAGGGCUUCACCGGUGAGGACACGUCGCAGGCGGGCAUGGAGAUCCACGCCAUUUCUUCGGCUCUUAAGCCGGUGGCUACAUGGGCAGCGAGGGAUGGCAUCCAGGAGUGCCGUGAGGCCUGUGGGGGACAUGGCUACCUAAAGUCUUCUGGCUUAGGUGACCUCCGAAACGACAACGAUGCAAACUGCACUUAUGAGGGCGAGAACAAUACGCUUAUCCAGCAAGCAUCCAAUUGGUUAAUCAGUCUACGACGCAAUAACGCCGAUUUCGUGGCCGUCUCUCCGUUGGAAACAGUGUCCUUUCUCAAGGAUAUGGAUGACUUACUGCAAAGCAAGGCCCAGGAGCGCACGCCUGCCGAAUCCAUGAAUGCGCUUAAUCUUCUAAAGGCUCUUAACUGGCUGACCGCCUGGCAGCUGGAGACGACUGUCAAGCGGGUCGAGCAACAGCAGCGUGAGGGAAAAGAUGCGUUUGAAACACGUAACAAUAUCCAAGUCUUUGCUGCCCAGAAGCUCUCUAUAAUUUAUGGUGAACGUACCAUCUUCUACGUGUUUUAUAUGUUUGUGUGCAGACUCCCCGCGUCUGCCGAGAAGCAUGUGCUGCAGCAGGUUCUCUCUUUUUAUGGUGCGCAUCUGGUGACCAAGUACUCUGCUGUUUUUUAUCGCGGUGGCUACUUUCGCGAAAACUCCCAGCAACUGGACUUGUACGAGCAGGGCAUCUUGGAGCUGCUUCCCUUACUAAAAGAUGAAGCCAUUGCUCUGGUGGAUGCUAUUGCUCCCACCGACUUCAUUCUAAACUCCCCCCUGGGCAUGAGCGAUGGAAAUGUCUACCAGCAUCUUCAACGCACGAUUUUGUCCACUCCGGGUGUGUACGAGCGUCCCCAUUGGUGGCGGGACGUUACUUUCAAGGAUUAUCUUAAGCGCGCCAAAUUGUAGUUUCAUAGAAACCUACAGCGCUUACAUUUGCGGUAGUGGAAUAUUAAGAUUAAGUUCUUAAAAUUUGUUCUGCUAAAUUGAAUUUUUAUGUUAAUGUGUUUUUCGAUUGCAGUUCUUACCAGAAUUAUAUUUUGUUGUAAAAACUAUGAUAAUAUAUACCUUUGACUUUCA